AUGGAAUAUUUGAUAAAGAUGUUAACGAAAAGGAUGAGUGUAUCGCCAAUGGCAAGGCAGACAGGAGACAGCAAUCGUCAGGAGGAUAGUGAUGAACAAGGAUCAAAUGCUGACGGCACUGACAAAGAUGAUGUUCCCUUUGUCCCGGCAACAGCAACGACAAUACGAACAAGGUCGAAAUCUGCUAAGAGAAACAAAGUCAGGGCCAAUAUUGAUGACCGAUUCAAGGCCGUCAGUGACAGCAAUCGUCCCACCAGUAGUACCAGUCGCAUUGAUCCAUGGAUCUCCAACUACGUUCUCGUCUUUCUCAAGAACCGGUCUUCCAUCAGCAAUCUCGAUCCCAAGGAAGGGCCCAUGAUUGAGAUUCUUAAUCGAGGGGGGCCCUUUUGGGAUUACAGCAAGCAUUUUGAUAAUCAAGACUUGGAAGGAUGGCUAUUGGUUUCGGAUGGCUUGCACAGCAUUAAGGUUUGGUUGACCAAGGAAUGUCGGGAUGAAAUCUGGCAGCAAGUGACAGCAUCCAUGGCUACACCCAUGUAUGCCUUUCACAAUUAUAGCGCUCGACAAUGUGGAUUGCUAGAGAAAUUCAGUAUAAAACCCAUUGACUGUGGUUCUAAGAAUGAUACGUUCCCACCAGCGUGCGAACUGUUGUGCCAUUCGUUUCGCUAUCAGCCGAAUAUGCAAUACAUGGUCGUGUCAGAUCCCAACAAGAUUCAAGAUAUCAAUGACUUUGUGGAAGUCAAGCAUGCCUAUCAAGCCUACUGCAAGUUUCGAACCAACCAAUCGGGACGUCGGUGGGGAAACGCCAAGACAGUCGUUGACAACCCUCUGUUGUUUGAUGCCAUUCUGAAAGUGGCCGAACAGAAAUUGGAGCAAAACAACAAAAACGGAGCCAAGUCAGGACAAACUGGAGGAAAAGACAAGCCAAUAGCUGCUGUGGGUCAAGUCCAUGAAAAUCCGCAGCGUGGGGACGAAUCAGACGACGACGAUGGAGUUUCACUCAUGACCAUCCAAGACAUGUUGGCAUCUCCAGCAGCAAAAAAAGGAGAGGGACCCAACAGUGCACAAGCUUCUUCACAGCCAACGGCCAGAAGAAGUUUAUCCAAUCGUCUGGCGAAAGCACAAGAUGCCAAAAAGAGCAAUGAUAAUGCUGAUGACGAAACGGACUACAUGGGAGCUCUGCCGGAUUCGGCUCUCCUCGACAUCGAUUCCCAACCAUUAUCCACCCAAGAAGGAGGGCAACCUAUGGUGCAACAGCAGUUGGAAAAGGAAAAUGAUGACGAUGCGGAUAGCGUGAUCGAAAUUGGUACCAAAACUGCCACCCUUAGAUCAUCUCGCAAACGAAACAGCAAUACUACUACUACAAUUUUACAUGAACGGAAUGGGAAACGAAUCAAAUUUCGUACCAAAGAGGACUGGCCCAACUUGCCAGCCUUUGCUGCCUUGUGCAAACAACUCAAUAGUAAUAAUGAUGAUGACCCUUCCUCCAACACCCAAAAAGUCAUUGAUAUUCCUUGGAUUCAACAGCCUCGCGUAUCCUUGAAGAAUAAUGGACUGAACCAGUGGUUGAAUAAACUUGGAUACUGA